AAAUGACAAGUGAUCUUGCCUGGUUGUUUGUGCUGGUCUUGAGGAGUGUCCUGAAGGAGACUGCUGGCCAAACACCGCCUCCAGGGUUUAGAUAUGCCUCUUAUGAGGUGAUCAUCCCAAAGAGACAGACCCCCAGGUAUGAGCAGAAAGAACCCCAGCAUGUGAACUACCUGCUGAAGAUAGAAGGGAAGAGCCACCUGGUCUACCUCAAGCAGAAGAGACCCUUUGUCCCCAAACACUUUCCUGUUUUCACUUACAGCGAGAAGGGGGAUCUGCAGGUGGACUAUCCAUUCAUCAGGGAUGACUGCUUCUAUGAUGGUUUUGUACAGGGCAUGCCUGUCUCUUUGAUUACUAUUAGUACUUGUUUAGGAGGUCUUAGAGGUGUUUUGCAAGUAGGGAAUAAGUCCUAUGAAAUUGAACCUGUCCCAGCAUCUGCUAUGUUUCAACAUGUGGUAUAUCGACUAGCUGAAGAGGAAGGGGCCAUCCGCAUGAGGUGUGGGCUGACAGAAGAAGAAGAACUUCGACAGGCAGCCAUGAUCCCAAACACUAGGAAUGUAGCAACUGGCAGAUCUCAGGACAAACCCUGGUGGACACACACAAUGUAUGCAAAGCUUGUCAUUGUGGUGGAGCAUGAGCGCUAUGUUCAGUUUGGCAGAAAUGAAACUGUUGUUGCUUUGAAUGUUCUGAAUUCCAUCUAUCUUACAAAUUCAUGGUAUGUUCCAAUAGGUGUUCAGGUAGCCCUUGUUGGACUGGAAAUAUGGUCUGAAAGGAAUUUCAUAAAUAUUUCUACAGAUCUUGCUACUGUCCUUGAGCAUUUUAAUACUUGGAGAAGAAUAAAUAUUCUUCCACGUCUACCACAUGAUGCAGGCCAUCUUUUUGCAUAUAAGAAUUUUGGAGAUCAACUGGGAUUAGCAUUCACUGGAACAGUGUGCUGGAAAGAAUGGUCAAGUGCUGUUAGCUCAUAUACAAGUCCUAGUUUGUACUAUUUUACUAACACAUUUGCCCAUGAACAAGGGCAUAUUCUUGGCAUGGUCCAUGAUGAUGGCUUGUGUAAAUGUGAAGAAAGAAGCUGCAUUAUGGCUGCCUAUCACUCUAACAGUGAUAAAUUCAGCAACUGCAGUUACAGAGACUAUUACAAGUUAAUGAAAUCUGGUAAAGUUAAUUGUAUGUUUUCUGCUGCAGAUCCAGAUAAACAGUAUCAAGUCACAAACUGUGGGAAUGGAGUAGUGGAACAUGGUGAGCAAUGUGACUGUGGGUCAAAGUGGAACUGUCGAUGGGAUCCCUGUUGCCAGUCUGAUUGUAGGUUACGUUCUGGUAUGACUUGUGCUUUUGGAGAGUGCUGCGUCAAAUGCCAGUAUCUUCCGACUGGAGCUGUUUGCAGGGAAAGUACUAGUGUCUGUGAUCUUCCAGAGUACUGCAAUGGGUCUUCAGAAUGGUGUCCUGAAGAUGUCUAUGUACAAGAUGGUGCCCCCUGUUCAGAUGGUUCAUUCUGUUACCACGGGAACUGCUCAACUCACAAUAAACAGUGCAAAAUGAUCUUUGGCUCAAGAGCAACAGUAGGUUCACAGGGAUGCUUCAGAGAUCUGAAUACUCAAGGUGACCGCUUUGGCAAUUGUGGAUUUAAUGGUGUUGCUUAUAAAAAAUGUGAUAACAAGAAUGUUCUGUGUGGCCGAAUCCAGUGUGAAAACCCUAAGGAAUUACCUUUAUUGAAAAAACACAGUACCAUAAUUCAAACACGCGUUAACAACACACUGUGCUGGGGCACAGAUUACCAUCAUGGAAUAAGCAUACCUGAUAUUGGAGCAGUGACCGAUGGCACUCUCUGCGGCAAAGAUAGGAUAUGUAUUAAUAAGGAAUGCACUGAUGUGUCCCGUGUGCAAUAUGAUUGUAAUAUGACAAAGUGCCAAAAUCGGGGAAUAUGUAACAGCCACAAAAAUUGCCACUGUGAUAAUGGUUGGGCCCCCCCAUACUGUCUAGAUAAAGGCUAUGGUGGCAGCAUUGACAGUGGACCCCCCCCACCUUACAAAGUCAGCUCACCAUUUCAUAAUGGACCCUUAAUUGCUGUUGCAGUUGUUUCUACUGUUGUUAUUGUUGCUCUUGUUGCUGGUCUUGGUAUGUAUUAUGGAGGCCCACUGAUGCAAUGGUGGAGAACAUUUCGGGCAUGA